CCAUUACCUGUGGUAAAGGAAUGCAAUCCCGUGUCAUCCAGUGCAUGCAUAAGAUCACAGGAAGACAUGGAAAUGAAUGUUUUUCUUCAGAAAAACCUGCAGCAUACAGGCCAUGCCACCUUCAACCCUGCAAUGAGAAGAUUAAUGUAAAUACGAUAACAUCCCCCCGACUGGCGGCUCUGACUUUCAAGUGCCUGGGAGAUCAGUGGCCGGUGUACUGCCGAGUGAUCCGUGAAAAGAACCUGUGUCAGGAUAUGCGGUGGUAUCAGCGCUGCUGUGAGACAUGCAGGGAUUUCUAUGCCCAGAAGCUGCAGCAGAAGAGUUGACCUCUCACAGGCUGGCUGGCUGGCUCACAGCUCCUGGCUAUUCCAUUAUUUAUAAACACACACACAUAGCAUGUUUUUCAGACCAAAUAUUAUCAGAUUCCAUAUAAUUUAAUCAAAUUAAUUUAUUUUUUGCCUGCCAAACAUUUAAUGUGGUGUUUGUCUUGAUUAAGCAAACAUUUUGAUAUACUAUAAAGCUUCAUAAAUCAUUUUAUAUGAAUGAAUAAGUUGGAUCCAGUAACCUAAUUAGAAGAAAAAGGAAAAGAGUAUUAACCUUAAAUUUUUGUUGUUUAAGUUAGGGCUGUCUCUAAGGUGCUACUUUUUCUCCAUCAAUACCAUAGAGUUAUUCAGUACAUACACUACCUUAGCAAAGUAGUUUAGUUAUAUAGGGAGAAAAAAAAUGAUUCUUUUCUUUUUUUUGGGGGGGUCCUGCUGCAGAAAAUAGCCUAUUUUCUGUAAUCUGCAGGAGAUGUGUAAACAUAACAAACCUCAUAGUAUUGAACAGGCUUUUGGAGAAUGUAUUAUGAAUUUGGUUCAGAUUUAGAGACAAUCCAUAGGAAAAAUUCUACUGUAAUUAUAAUUGUAUUUUAAUAAUGAAAAAGAAAAGUCAAAACCGAGACUUUGAUCAGGUUCACGAACACGUACUUGAACACAAGCAUUGUAACAAUGAAACACUGUAAUGAUUUACACUGAAUCACCAUUGCACUGUUGAUAUAGUGUAGAGAAACUGUUAUAGAAAUGGUAACACCCUACAAAAAUGUGUAUUAUUUUAACAUGUCAUUAGAUUUUAGCUUUUUAAAUAUUUUGAACAAAGGCAACAUUGAUUUACCCAUUUCCUUACAUCUUUUUCAGCAGAUUUAUGAAAGAGUAUAGUGCUUAGACUCACAAAUCAUGAAAUGUUUUUCAGCCUUUUCCUUGGGAAUAAAAAAAUACCAAAAUGCUGUGGUAGUUUCAUUGUGUUUUUCCUUUUAAAAACUAAAAGUUUUGCAAUUCUGUGAAACGUUC